GGCAUAUAAGAAACCGGUGAAUGAGCGUCUGGCCCUUGCAGAAACUUGCUUGAGGUCUUUGCAUUGCCCUUUCCUCCUCAUCAGCCCUGCAGGCCAGCCGCGCCGGGGGAGGAUGAGGUCGUCCUGUGUCCUGCUUACCGCCCUGGUGGCGCUGGCCGCCUAUUACAUCUACAUUCCCCUGCCAAGCUCUGUGUCGGAUCCCUGGAAGCUGAUGCUGCUGGACGCCACUUUCCGGAGCGCACAGCAAGUGAGUAACCUGAUACACUACCUGGGCCUCAGCCAUCAUCUGCUCGCGCUGAACUUCAUCAUCGUUUCUUUUGGCAAGAAAAGCGCAUGGUCGUCUGCUCAGGUGAAAGUGACCGACACUGACUUUGACGGUGUGGAAGUCAGAGUGUUUGAAGGCUCUCCAAAGCCAGGAGAGCCACUGAAACGCAGCAUUGUUUACAUCCACGGAGGAGGCUGGGCCUUGGCAAGCGCAAAAAUCAGAUAUUAUGAUGAACUGUGUACAGCAAUGGCUGAGGAAUUAAAUGCAGUCAUUGUCUCCAUUGAAUACAGGCUAGUUCCAAAGGUUUAUUUUCCUGAACAAAUUCAUGAUGUUGUACGUGCCACAAAGUACUUCCUGCAGCCAGAAGUCUUACACAAGUAUUCAGCUGACCCAGGCAGAAUCGGCAUUUCUGGUGACAGCGCUGGUGGGAAUUUGGCGGCUGCCCUGGGCCAACAGCUUAAUCAAGAUGCCAACCUAAAAAACAAACUCAAAGUGCAAGCUUUAAUUUAUCCAGUUCUUCAAGCUUUAGAUUUCAACACACCCUCUUAUCAGCAAAAUGUGAACACCCCCAUCCUGCCCCGUUAUGUCAUGGUGAAGUACUGGGUGGAUUACUUCAACGGCAACUAUGAUUUUGUCCAGGCAAUGAUAGUUAACAAUCACACUUCACUUGAUGUGGAAGGGGCUGCUGCCCUCAGGGCCCAUCUGAACUGGACAUCCCUCUUACCCGCAUCCAUCACAAAGAACUACAGGCCUGUCGUGCAGACCACUGGGAACACCAGGAUCAUCCAGGAGAUCCCUCAGCUGCUGGAUGCCCGUUCGGCCCCGCUCAUCGCAGACCAGAAAGUCCUGCAACACCUUCCAAAGACCUAUAUUCUGACCUGUGAGCAUGAUGUCCUAAGAGACGAUGGAAUCAUGUAUGCAAAGCGUUUGGAGAGUGCAGGUGUGGAGGUGACUCUCGAUCACUUUGAGGAUGGCUUCCAUGGAUGCAUGAUUUUCACUAGCUGGCCCACCAACUUCUCAGUGGGAAUUCGGACCAGGAAUAGUUAUAUCAAGUGGCUGGAUCAAAACCUGUAAAGGAGUGAAAUUUCUAAAAAGGCUUGAGCCCUUCUAGACCCCCUGCACCUGCUUUGGAAACACAUUCACUUUUUAGUCAACUAGUUACUUGAAUUACGGAAUCUCUAGUCCCUGCAGACUUUUUCUGUUAAUUUAAAAAAUGCGUUUGAG